GAAGUAUCAUCAAGGAAGAUACCAUUUAUCAAUAAAAUUGAACUGGCUCUUGAAAUUUUGAAAGAUAUAAAGGAAGUUAAUCAGCUCCGAGUUUUAUAUAUAAAAGAAUCACCAGUUAAGAUUCUAGAAAUAGAUAAACAUUCUAUAGUCGAUGAUAAUGAAAAAUCCCAAUUAAUUAAUUUUGACAAUUUGCCUGAAGCAAGAAAUGAAGUAGAGG